AUGCCACCUAAAGGCGGGGGAGCGGGCUCAAAGAAGCAACAGGGCGGUAAGAAAUGCAAGGAUGAUGAAGCUGAUUUCGAUGCACAACUGGCCAAAGCGUUGCAAGAGGUUCAAGUGAGCAAAGACAAACAAGGUGGUGACGCUAACAAAAAGGCACAAAAAGGAAAGCAACGAACGAGUAAGCAGGAGAGCAAUGGGGAAGCGAAUGACAACAAUGACGCCAGCGACCCGAAGGUUGUCAGCACCGCUGACCACCCCGACAACCCGUACCCACAAGUGGCGGAAGGAAUGAAGCGGCAGACGUGGCCGGAACCGACUAUUCCCGUCAGUCAGCAGUUUGCGAGGGGCAAUUUUCCUGUCGGUAUCAUUUGUGAGCAUCCUGGUGAGGUUAAUGCGUACCGCUACAGCAGCGAGGAGAAACGUGCAAUGGAGCACGCGACUGAGGAACAGGUGCAGGACCUGCGGUGUGCGGCCGAAGUGCAUCGACAGGUGCGCCGCUACGCCCAAAGCUUCAUAAAGCCCGGUAUUUCUCUCCUCAGCAUGACUGACCGCAUUGAAAAGAAGCUGGAGGAACUUAUUGAGAAGGAUGGCCUUAAUCGCGGUCAGGCGUUUCCAACAGGUUGCUCGCUCAAUCACGUCGCUGCUCAUUACACACCGAACACUGGUGAUAAAUGCGUGUUGAUGUAUGACGAUGUUAUGAAAGUGGACUUUGGGACUCAGAUUAACGGUAGAAUUAUUGACUGCGCCUGGACGGUUGCUUUCAAGGACGAGUACGAGCCUUUGCUUACCGCGGUUAAGGAGGCGACAUAUGAGGGUGUUAAGCAGGCUGGCAUCGAUGUACGACUGUGUGAUGUUGGGGCGGCAAUUCAGGAGGUAAUGGAGUCCUAUGAAGUGGAACUGAAUGGGAAGGUGUACCCCGUGAAGAGUAUACGAAACCUCUCGGGGCAUACCAUUGCGCCAUAUGUCAUUCAUGGGGGAAAGUCGGUGCCGAUUGUACGUGGUGGAGAGGCGACACGCAUGGAAGAAGGCGAGUUGUUCGCUAUCGAGACAUUCGGCUCCACUGGUCGUGGGUUCGUGCAGGAGGACAUGGAAUGCUCGCAUUACAUGAUGGUACCAGGGGGCGAAAAGACACAGGUACGUUCGGACAAGGCGCAGCAGUUGCUAAGGCACAUUCAUAAAACAUACAACACGCUGGCCUUCGCGAGAAAGUGGUUGGACCGUGACGGGCACGACAGGCAUCUGCUGAAUUUGAACCAGUUGGUGGAGGCUGGUGCAGUGAACAAAUACCCACCCCUCUGUGACAUACGUGGCUGCUACACUGCUCAACUGGAGCAUACUCUUAUUUUGAAACCUACCGCAAAGGAAAUCCUUUCUAAGGGCGACGACUACUAA